AUGUGUUGGAAUCAGUUGCCAUUUGAAAUCUUGCAGUGUAUAUUUCAUUUCUGUAAUCUCGCUUACGAGCAUCAUCCUGAUAAAAGAGAUGCUUUUAUCGAUCUGCAACUGGUAUGUAAAAGCUGGCAUAAAGCAGCUUACGAGGCACUCUAUCAAGACGUUUAUCUGGCAGAGGAUCAUGUAAGAUUUGGUGAUCUCGUAGCAUUUCAGGUGGGUCCACUGGUUAAACGGGUCACUUUUCUAUACGACUUUUCAAACAACAAGAAAGCGUCUGCCAUUGUCCAAUCCAUUACAAAACACUGUCCCAAUAUUGAAGAGAUACAUACAGCGUCUGAUACUGAACGCAGUCUGGUGUGGCCGUUGCUUUUGUCUGAUGGCAGCAAGAUAACGAGGCUUAGGACUUUGGGUGAAGAGGGCUGCAGUGUCUUUGAUGCUAGUGUAUACACGAAUGUUGCGCUCAAAUACAAGGACAGCUUUACACAGCUAUACCUCUUGAACAACAAUGCCAACCCAAAUAUUCGGAUGAACGGACUGCAUCCACCACUGGUAGGUAAUUUGAGCAAGUUCACCGCCUUGCAACAUUUGAUAAUCAACAGCCCAUUUCGUUUCAGUCAUAGCAACUUGGAUAAACUGCUAAACGAUUGUCCGCCAUCACUAUACAAACUUGUAUUUGAAAAAAUAAGGCUGGAAGAAGAAACACCAUUGCCAGCUAAUAUUGAACCAAUGGCACAUGUAAAGCAACUCAGCAUCAGUCAAUGUGAUAUCCACGGUGCCUCGUUACUGUACCUUGCUCGUAAGCUGAAGGGAUUGGAGGAGUUGGAGUUGGAUUAUGUAUGCAGUCAAGCAUCAGACAGCUGGUGGAACCAACUGAAUGCAUUUUGUUUACCUGCUCAAGUGUACGAGAUUGGCAUCAGACUAGAGCACAGGCAGAUACUCUCUCAAUUGAGUAACUGCUUUAAUCUGAUCCAAAAGAGCAUUUCAAUGCAAAGCAUCAACGGCGGCAAAAGAGAAUUACACAUACACAGCUUGGAGGAGGAUGACUACCUUGGCUUGGUAGGCUACAAUGUGCGACUGACAAGAGCAAGGAAUGCACAAACAGUUGUGAUUGACCCUUACAACUUUGACAAUGUAUCCAUCACUGAUAUUUUGAACCUAGCAGAGCAGUAUUUGCCCACCUCUAUUCGAAUCGAGUUUGGGAAUGUAGAGGAUAUCUAUCAAACCUUCCUGGCAAGAGAUGCUGACGAUGAAAGCAGCAAACAAUUUUUGCCAGCAGAAGAAAUCAAAGAUAUCAUGAUACGACAGCAUAAUGUGGACAUAAACAACAGCUGGGAGAUAAUCAAUAGAGCGCACCAUCUACUCAGUCAAGGACAACAUACGUCGUUGUAUUUCAGGAACAUGCUUUUGCUUCAUACCGAGCUACCCGAUCUGGCCACGGUCGAAAAUCUGUCUUUCCUGUCCUUUGACACUUCCAUCCUACAACAUGAUGCGCUUUCAAGAUUAUCCAGUGUGGUGCAUAACAUUGACAGAUUAGAAAUUUCCUCUUGUGCCAUACUCAUGGAUGAGCCUUAUAUUCUUAAGCUAUUUUUCCCAUCUACAGCAAUCCGCUCCUUAUCCCUGAUAAUACGGCCUCUAUUGGAAAACAAUGCAUACCAUGAUCGAUACUUUCGAAACUGCUUUUUAAAAAAUUUGGAGUCACUUGAAGCGGCAUCCCUGGAUGGUCAGUACACAUUGAAAAUAGAGACUAAAAAAAAGACAUACAUUCAUCGAAGAAAAGGAAGCGAGAUACUGGAAAAGGAAUAUUCAAAUGUUGACACCACCACUGCUGGAACAAGAGACAAUUUUCUCAUUUGGAUCAAGUGCUUAAGCUUGGAUGAAUUCCGCAUAUCAAAUGAUUGGGAUAAUGAGUUUGAAAAGCUACAUUGA